GCCAUGAGGGGACACGGCAGCUGCCAUUUGGUGAGAGGAUGAGCCACAGAAGCAGCCCGGCCAGGGCGUACGACUUUCUGCUCAAGUUCCUGCUGGUGGGGGACAGCGAUGUCGGGAAGGGCGAGAUCCUGGCGAGCCUGCAGGACGGAGCCUCCGAAUCCCCGUACGGAUACAACAUGGGAAUCGACUACAAGACGACCACCAUCCUCCUGGAUGGGAGAAGAGUGAAGCUGCAGCUCUGGGACACGUCUGGUCAGGGACGAUUCUGCACAAUAUUCAGAUCCUAUUCCAGAGGAGCACAGGGAGUUAUUCUGGUGUACGACAUUGCCAACCGUUGGUCCUUUGAUGGAAUCGACAGGUGGAUCAAAGAGAUAGAUGAGCAUGCUCCAGGGGUGCCUAAGAUCCUUGUUGGGAACCGUCUCCACCUGGCCUACAAGCGUAAGGUGACCACGGAGCAGGCGCAGGUGUACGCUGAGAAGCUGGGCGUCACUUUCUUCGAGGUGAGCCCACUGUGUAACUUCAACAUCACUGAGUCUUUCACCGAGCUCGCCCGCAUCGUUCUGAUGAGACACGGCAUGGAGCGGCUGUGGAGACCCAAUAAAGUGUUGAGUCUUCAGGACCUCUGCUGUCGCUCCAUCGUCUCCUGCACUCCGGUCCACCUGGUUGAUAAACUCCCCCUCCCACUGGCUCUGAAGUCCCACCUCAAGUCCUUCUCCAUGGCCAACGGCCUCAAUGCCCGCAUGAUGCAUGGACGCUCCUACUCCCUCACCGCCAACGCUGCUGCUCACCACGGCACCACCAAAAGAACCAGAGGGAUGCUGCUGAAAAAACCCAAACUGAUCCGAGCACCACCGCUCAGCCCAUCUGCACAGAGCUGCAGAAACAGCUGCAAAAUAUCCUAACAGUUGGAUGUAUAGACAGGAUGUUGUGUCUGUAAACACAUCUGCUUUCAAGACAGACGGGAGUCAUGACACCAGGAACUCAUUUGUUUGUUUUAAACCUGCUCCCAAACUGCUGAUACUGCAGUGACUGAGCAGCAGAAAAUAAGGAAGUGGAAAUGCAAACUGCUGCAGUCAGCAGUUUGCCUUCACUCACAGGAGCACAGAGAGCUGAAGUCCUGCCACUUUUAAAGCUAGCCUUUGUUCAUCAGCCUCAGAGAGAAAGUGGAUUUUCUCCGAAGGUCUCUCUUAAAAGCUCAAACAUAAUGCUUGAGUUGCCAGGUCUUCACAGAUCCAAACAUGCUACCUGAUCUGAAAUGGACCUGGGGGAAACUUAGCUUAACUUGACAUAGACACCAUAACUUCUCAAAUAAAAGCCUAAUGUGUUAAUUUCCAUGUGGUGCCCAGUGUAGCGAUGAUUGCAGCAGCAGUAAGUCCCACCACAGCCUGAGACGUAUGUUGACUUUCUGGAUCAGUUUUGUCGUUUGUGUUGUCUUUUCUCACGUAGACACACAAAAGAAAUGACAUCAUGUCCAGAUCAACAGUAAACAUGUUGGUGUCAAAGCCAGACAGCAAGGACUCCUCUCCUACAUUCAUCAGUUCUUCAGUGUGACCGAGGGUCAGGCCACAGCUGGAAAAAUGUCUGAGAUUUCACCAUGUUUGGGGGGAAAAAAGCAUGUUAUGACAAAAAAUAAGAGUGUUUGUAAUAUUUUGAGAAUAAAAUAAAAAAUG